AUGCACGAAGAUCUACGCCGAAGAGCUCUCGAGAGCCACAAGACGGUGUCGAACAAGGCCAAAUCGAAACAUUCUUCCCGGGGCAGUUCUCGGGCCAAUUCCGCGGCCAAUUCUCGACCAGCAUCUCAAGUGCAGAGCCGAGAUGUCUCGGACGAGGAAGACGCUGGCAAUGGCAAUCUCAGCGACGAUACCAAUCAGAGCAUCAAUUCGAUCGACGCCCUUUUGGAAAGUGACGAUUUCAACGAACAGAGCACCGAGGUCCUUCGACAAGAAUUGACCGAUGCCAUUGCCGCUCUUUUGGAACGAAAAGGCAGCAGCAACAAAAGCCGGGAAGAUUCAUUGAGUACCUAUGUCAAAUGCCUCACAUCCCACUAUCUGGCCGAAGUCCUGUAUGGACGCGUGCCAGAGCUCCUUAUUGCAUUCGGCCGAAGCAUCAAGGCGGAGACGAGCGAGAAAGAAACCACACUAGCGUUAAAAGCCGUGGCACUGACCGCCAUUACAUUUGCGGACGGCACCCUAUAUGACACGAUAUCUGGGGUACUCAAACGAAGCAUCUCGGACUCUCAGUCACUGGCGGUCAAAGCAGCAGGUAUUUACUCGUUGGGCAUUUGUCUCUCUUCUGGCGGGGCAGGGGAAGAGGAAAUUGCAGAUGUCAUGACAUUGCUGCUUGAGAUCGCGUCGAGCGACGGCGCAUUCAUUGGGGCCGAUGACAACGCGGAAGUGGUGGCGGCUGCACUGAGCACUUACGGAUUCUUGGCCACUCAGAUCGAAGACAUGGAGGACGAGUCCGAGGACGCAGUGGCCACCUUUCUCGAUCAACUGGACGCCGACGAUGUGCGAGUGCAAGUGGCCGCCGGUGAUAACAUCGCGUUACUGUACGAGAAGAGCUAUACGCCCCGGGAAGAGGACGACAGCACUUCGUCCGAGGGAGAAGAGGAUGAGAAUGGAAUGGGACCGUCGGAUGAAUUGGGCGGAGGGCGGGACGACUCGGGCUUAGUGAAACGAUACAAUGCCUACCACAACACACAUGAAGUGGUGGAAAAAGUGACGGCACUGGCUUCGCUCAGUACCAAGUCGAUGCAUCGGCGGGACAAAAAGCUAUUGCAUCAGUCCUUUGCCAGGAUCGCGGUUACGGUGCAGAAUCCGAAGCUGGGGCUGCAGGCCAACAAUGCGUCCAAGAUGGUGGUCCGAAUCCAUCGCGAAGGAGAAAUGCGAGUGGACAAGUGGUGGAAGUUGAUGCGGUUAAAUGCAAUCCGACGGCUGUUAGGCGGAGGCUUCGUCAACCAUUAUUUCGAAGGCAACAAGCAAGUGUUGGAUGCGUUGCCAAUGCUGAUGCGCUCGACCGGGGAGGAUGGACUGCGGAGUCCUCGGAAAGGAGUGAGCACCAAGGCUGGCAAAGGACGGUAUCGAGACAGUCGGCGGUUUGUGACGGGGGAUUUCCUGUCGGCGGAAGGGUAG